CAUGCGCAAGAUAUUCCUAAACCCCGAAUAACAGAGCACGACCGCCCAAAACAAGGUGGCACCAACUCAAAGGCGCAUCAGCACAAAGCAAGCGCGCAUUACGAGAUGCCAUCCUCAGGCCUCCGUUGGACUGUGUACCAUCUCAGGACUGGGGACCAAAACGAAAACAAAAAACGUUACAAGAAAAGAAAGAAAAGAGCCGCACCUCAGCAAAUUGACGACGAUAGGGAGGAGCCUGUUACUGAUGAAGACGAUGGAGAAAAACAGUCAAGAUCUUCUGUCAAUUUUGCAUUGGUUGGUGCUGGUAUAGUGGUGUUCCUGAUCAUAUUUGCUGGACUGGCUUGUCUGUGGUAUGUUGCUUUGAUUUUCCAAUGAAAGAGACUUUCCUCGUUUGUGUGAUCGAUAUAAUCUUAGGUUCUUUAUGAAGUUUACUUAGUCGUGGCUGAAUUGCCAAUGUUUAAUAAGAAUGUUUUAAGACAGGAACCGAUGAUAGUUGACACUGUUUAGUGAUUGUUUUUCAGAAACUCACCAUGAACUUAUAACUAAUUUUUUUUACAUUCCGUUUACAUAAAGGUAGAGCCCACUAUAAAUUGGCAAGCCUUGCAAACAACAAGAAAGCAAAUCAUGUAGCUAGUAGUUUUGUUUAACACGUCUUCAUUGGCGGACAUAUUACUAGGUUUGCGUUACGAUAAACUAACUUGUAUAUCGAGGAUCGUACGUACUUUUUAUGUUCCAGCAGGAUUUGUAAUACCUUUCCCCCCCAAUUCCUUCACAAGAUGUUAUUUCCGAGUGAUAGAUAUUGAGUCACGGAACUUUUGUCAGUUAAAGCUGUUUUACAUAAAUUAAAAGCCGUCUAAAAAAUUAUACAUCUAUCAGAGUUUUGAGUUAAUAUUGGUUGUCACAACUAAUAUUAACUCAAAACUCUGAUAGAUACAUACUUUUUUAGACGGCUUUUAUGAAUAGAAUAUUUUAUUAGGAAUUAACCUUUGAUAAAAUAUUCUAGUCUAAAACUAUAGUAAGGAAUCAAAGAAGCUGGGGAAGCAAGCAGUUCCAAUUCAGAUUUAAAUAAGUUCUUUGAGACUUGCAUUCACGCAAAUUCACGAGUAAUUUUUUUCCAAACGAAAUUCGCCCAUAUAGCCAAAACGUUUUUUGGUUUUGGUAAGAAGCAGUUGAAAUCUACAAGAAGAGCCCCUUGUAUCAUAGGUGGACCCCAUUUUCAAAAAUUUUCGUUAUAAUUGCUCAGGUUCCAUAUUGUUGUACACCUUGAACAUUUCUAUCUAUUUAAUUCUGCGUAUAGUGAGCUCGUCCCAUCCAAGCUCUUGGAGCAGGGGGCAGAUAGAAUCAUAACUGAGAAAGGUUAUGAUCCUAGCUACGCGGUUUUGUAGUUUUUGAAGCUUCAGAGAAAAUUCUGAAUCUAGCCCCCCCCAAACAACGCUGUAAUAGUCAAGGUACGGUCGGAUAACUUGAGAGUUAUACUUUGUUUCGAGGGUCGACGGAGGAACAAAUUGUCUCGCACACUUAAGCGCUCCGAUUGCGCUGAUUAAUUCUCUAUAUGUGGUGCCCGUGUAAGCACCUCGUCAAAGCAACAUGUAGACUAACGGAUUUGGUAGAUGUUGCUUUACAGAAAUCGGUGGAUGUUUGAUUCUUUCUAGUCUCACUGUCCACUCAAUCAGUUUGUUAGAAGUCUUUCGGCUGCUCUCCUGCCCCUCACCACCGUUCACAAUUAUAGCACUUUUGCUCUUUAAUUUCACUUGCAGGAGAACGUGUAAGAAAAGAUGCUUACGGAGAAAACACCCUGACCCGACUAGCUCCAGCGAGCGGCUUAGCCAGGAAGAGAAAAUAAACUGCGGGACGCGGACUUCAAGGGACUCUGAUAGUCAUCAACCCAAACCAAAUCCGUCAUCUUACCAACUUGCAGCCACACACUUUGAUGCCCAAUCACCGUGGACCGUAACAGACACUCCCUCUUUGAUGGCAGUUUCUCCUAUAGAAAACACUUACGUGGUGGUCGAUAUUCCUGACUCAAAUCUAGCUUCUGAAAGACAUACUGCUUGCUCCAUUGUUGAUCUCUCUGAAUCCAGUCCAGUUUGUGUGGUUGUUGAUGCUCCUCAAGCCGACUCCCACGAGGUUGUUGAUGUACCUGACAUGAGCUCUCCGGACACCUCUUUUACCUGUUCUUCCUUAUCUAAUGUGUUUUCGUGGUUUCCUUCAUCAUCUUUGACGUCCGUUUCCUCACUUGAUAUAACUUCAGCAGAACCGGAAGCCUCAUCUCUGUUUCCAGAACCUGUAGUCCAGUGCUCCUCACUAACACCUAUUUCUAGAAAAACCCUAAAGGCAGAAACUGAACUCAACGACGACCAAAUAAUCUCGUCAACCGUUGAACCGGAAAUAGUUAUCGAUGUGCUACCAUCUGAGCCUCCGAUUCCACUGACCAUCGAACCAGAGUCGUCUUUACCCUCGGUGGAAAAACAGGCACUCCUGGAAUCAUGUGUCUUGAUUCAUCCGGCCUCGCCCAAGCAAUCAUCCCUCUUCAGUUUAUCUGCUUCCACCUCUGACGAAGCAACACGAAUACUUGCCUUGGAAACAGAAAAUGUUGACUCAUCCCAACUCUCUUGCAAAACUCCUCUGGCAGUGACAGGUGAUGUAAUGUUGACUAUUCAAGACGAAGGUGAAGUUUUUCUUCGCGCAUGCAAGACAUCAGGAGCUGAAACUACAAUGAUGACCCUGAAUAGUGAGAAUGAAAAACACGUUAUACGGAACGUGGAAAGUCGAAGUCCUGCAAGUGACAUAUCUGGCGUGUCUACAAAAACCUUUGUGGAAGAUUCCGAUGUGAAAGGUAAUGUUAAGGAUAGUUGUGCAGCAAAGGCUGAAAACGGCAAUGAUGUCUUGACAUUGAUUAAAAAUGUUGUUGUUAUUGACACUUCAGGAGCGACAGGUUUGGCUGAAAAUCCUGAGAUUGAAAAGGAGAGUGAAAUCUAUGACGUCACCAUCCAGGAAAAGGAUGACGUCAUGGUAAUUGGAAACGGCACAAUCGAGUUUUCUGGCCUGACGUGCGGCAAUAAAGAAUUUCUAACGAUGACCGGUGGUGAGUCUUUUAACCCUAAUGUCUAACUUCAUACUCUCAUUUGUUGUCUUUAUCACAUUUUCAAUAGAAGAAGUGGAGACAAUUUGUUGAUUCAGAAAUAUCAAGUCGAUUCACUUUCUCUGAUCAUGUUGUCAAAUCUCAUGAUCAUUGAUAUUGUAAGGAGAAAUUUCAAGCUGAUCACUCUUAGGGUUUAAAGUAUUAAUGGUCAAAUUUCUUUUUCUAGUAAAAAUACAUGACAUUUACACACAAUAAAAUCUGCACUUAAAUCGGUAGCGAGCGCGACCUUUGUUCUUUCUUUUGCGUCUCUUGAAAUGGAAACGAGGUUGUCUCACGCUGUAAUCACUUUCCUUGUCAGAAAGGAACUUAACCAAUAUUAGUGUGUUUAACGGCGUGCGGAAUGAAGGCAACAAUAAUAUUCGCAGUUUUACCUGAUACAAGCUUUCAGCUAUUUCAACAUCGUUCUAGGGACGAAGUCUAGGUAUUCUGAACUUGGGGCGAGCGAGAAAAUGAACCGCGUGAAGACUGAAAAGAGAAGCCUCGUCCGUUUCUUAUUAUUGAUUCAUUGUUUUACUUACUGUUACCAAAAAUUCAGAUUCGCUCAUUUUGUUGUUCCACUAAAAUUUUUAUCCUCUUCAAUCUUUUAGGAACUCCUUCAACAGUUACUCGGUCCUUGGAAGAAAACAGCACUGCGGAAGCGAAUAGUUCUUUAUCUGUUUCAGAUAGCGAAAGUACAGCGAAAUUGAUGGUGGGUAUUUAUUCAAGAAAUCAUUUAUUCUUUCUUUGAUGCCGAUAACAUAAAUUUCAGUAAAAAAAUAACCGAAAUUUUUUUUAAUCGACGCGAACUUCUUUAAAAAGUAGGGUCCUUCAGUUUUAAGCUUUAUUUUCUCAAAAACAUUAACCAGUAAUGAAAUAGAAUAUAAAUAUUAUUAUUAUACGUUGUACUAUCUAUCUAUCAGUCUCAUUGGCUAAUAGACUUUCAAAAAAGUCCUUCGUCGGAUUUCAAAUGGCGCGGGACGAAGCACUUUUCAUACUUGAUUGGCGCCAAUUUUACCGACCCAAAAACGGCUAGCUCCGUUCGUCAAGAGGUCGACUUGUAGCAAGUCUAAUUGGCUAAGAGCCUACAGCUAUUUUGGUAAUCAGCGCAACUUAUAGAUUACUUAGUUAUCUGCUAGAUAACUGACUAAUCUGUAAGUUUGGCGUACAGUGUAUGAUUUCCAAUAACAGUAUCAUGCCAUUCAGGUUCCUAAUGCGACGGUAUGUUUAUCGUUAUUUUUUUCAAAACAAUUUAUAACAAAACAAUUAUAAGAUUCAGUUUUUUUGAUAUCCGGAAUAAUCAAGUGUUAUAAGAAUCGGCCUUCGGCUCGGCGGAUAAAAACCGUUGAAAAGUAAAUCUGAUCGAUGAACAUAAAGCCAGAAACUAAUUGCCAUGUAGAAAUAAUAAAUAGCAAACGGCAAGUAUAAAUCAAAGGGAAAAGUUGGCCACGUGGCACAAUUUCACGUUUGUCGUUUGCCUUGAACGCGAUUUUAAACCACUCUAUUAUUUCCUAAUUUCACUCAUCACCAAUUGAUUAGCUAUAAUAUUUCUAUCUUUAAUGGGUUUUAGUAUCGUCUCGAUGCAGAAGUUUAUGAAGUAAAACAAGGUCCUUGGGAAGCUGACUUACGGUCACCAACAAAUAUUGCCGGAAAGGAGAAUGAAAGGAGAGAAAAGGAGAUCACGUCCUCGGCUACUGGUACUGGCGAAAAGAAACCACAAGUAGGAGAAUCUUCUAAGGAAAGUGGAAAGGAUGAGAAGAGAAGUAGUGAUCAACAAAAACUGCGUAACAAGGUUAGUGAUUUUGUUAACCAGAAACAACUAAUUCCCAUGUAGAAAUAAUAAAUAGCAAACACCAAGUAUAAAUCCAAUGGCAAAGUUGGUGACGUGGUACAAUUUCACGUUUGCCGUAAACGCGAUUUUAAACCUCUCUAUUAUUUUUAAAACUUCACUCGCCACCAGUUGAUUAGAUAUACUAUUUCUGUAUUUGGUGGGUUUUAGGAUCGUCCGGAUCGAGCACUGUACCAGCCACCAAGAAAAGGUCAUUUGGGAGCUGAACCACGAUCAACAGCAAAUUUUGCCGGAAAGGAGAAAGAAAAGAAGGAAAAGGAGAUCACGUCCUCGGUUACUGGUACUGGCGAAAAGAAACCACAAGUAGGAGAAUCUUCUAAGGAAAGUGGAAAAGAUGAGAAGGAAAAUGGUCACUAUCAACGAGUACAACGAGUGCGUAACAAGGUUAGUGAUUUUGUUAGAAAUAGUUAUGGAGAUUCCUGUGAAGCAUGAGUCCCUGUCCAGAACCAAUGAGUCCCAGUUUAAAAAACAACGAGUCCAAAGUUCAAAUUGCUUGGUCCUUUCCUGUAUCCAGACAGUUAAUCUGAAAGCAGAAUCCAAAACUUUUUAUUGUAUAGACACCGAUGAAAUACCAGGAUUUUUCCAGUCACGAAUAUUUGGAACAAAAUACAUCUGAUCGAUCAACAUGACCAGAAGCAACUAAUUCCCAUGUAGAAUCAAAGGGAAAAGUUGGUCACCUGGUACAAUUUUACGUUUGCUGUAAACGUGAUUGUAAACCUCUCUAUUAUUUCUAAGAUUUCACUCGUCACCAGUUGAUUACAUAUACUAUUUCUGUCUUUGGUGGGUUUUAGGAUCGUCCUGAUCGAGCACUGUACCAGCCGCCAAGAAAAGGUCAUUUGGGAGCUGAACCACGAUUAACAGCAAAUUUUGCCGGAAAGGAGAAAGAAAAGAAGGAAAAGGAGAUCACGUCCUCGGUUACUGGUAUUGGCGAAAAGAAACCACAAGUAGGAGAAUCUUCUAAGGAAAGUGGAAAGGAUGAAAUGGAAAAUAGUCACUAUCAACGAGUACAACGAGUGCGGAACAAGGUUAGUGAUUUUGUUAGAAAUAGUUAUGGUGAUUCCUGGGAAGCAUGAGUCCCUGUCCAGAACCAAUGAGUCCCAUUUUAAAAAACAACAAGUCCAAAGUUCAAAUUGCUUGGUCCUUUCAUGUAUCCAGACAGUUAAUCUGAAAGUAGAAUCUAAAACGUUUUAUUAGAUAGACACCGAUAAAAUACCAGGAUUUUUCCAGUCACGAAAAUUUGAUAUCCGGUGAAGAUACAAUUUUUAUCCUUCACACGUGAAAAUAUCACGAUUGUCAUGGUUACGUCAAUCUCAGCCCAUAGGAAAAGAGCAUCACAGCAUCUCGCCAUCGGUGUAAAUAUAAUAAACAGAAUAUUACGUGACAAAUCGACUACGAAUUAUAAACUAGGUACGGCCUUAAAAGAUGUCAAGAGCUUUAAAGAUCUUGGAAUUAUUAUAUCAAAAGAUCUUACUUGGAGUGAACAUAUUAGUACUAUGGUGAAUAAGGCGAACCAAGUCCUAGGGCUAAUAAGACGGUCGGUUGGAACAGCUGAUACAACAACUUUGUCAUUGCUUUACAAAACAUUGGUCAGACCACUUUUAGAGUAUGCUGCUCCAGUCUGGAACCCAUAUCUUGUCAAAGAUGUUCAUGCAAUAGAGAGCGUGCAAAGACGUGCGUCAAGAUUAGCUCUUAGGCAAAAAAGAGGUGAUAUGUCUUAUGAAGAGCGUUGUGACUCGUUACAUUGGCCAUCUUUGUCCAGUCGUAGGACAUAUUCCUCUCUUGUUGAAUGUUCUAAGAUCGUGUUUGGCUUAUCACACUUGGAUUUUGAGGAAUUCUUUCAAUUCGCAAAAGUCAAAUCCACUAGGGCAAAUCACUCGUAUAAGCUUUAUAGUAAAUUAUCUAGAAUCAACUGUUUUAAAUAUUCUUUUUUUAACAAUGUAAUUAGUUAUUGGAACAAUUUACCUAGCAAUGUUGUUGAAGCCGGUUCCCUUAAACUUUUUAAAUGUAAACUCAAAUCCUUUUUAAAGUUGUAAUUUUUAUUGUUUGUUUGUUGUUUUUAGGAGAGUUUUAUUCAUAGGGUUAACCUCUAGACUCUCCCUUUCAAAUUCAUGCAGUUAUUAUGAGUUUGAAUAAACAUGUAUGUUAUGCCCGCUUGUGGGUAUGAAUUUUAUUUAGCACUCGUGAGAUAUCGAGUUGAACACGAGAUUGACCACGAAAUAAAAUUCGUAUCCACGUGCGGGCAUGUAAUAUCCUCCAUACAUUACAGUAUACUUAAAUUAACAUAUAGCUCUUCCUUUUUUAAAUCACAAGAGAAGCUAAAUAAAAUAUGCAUCGUUAAACAACCGCAAUAAAAACCGGUAGAGCAAUCACAGGAACAGGGUAAUCUGCCAAAACACAUAUUUAGAUCGAUCGAUCGAUUUUUGUGGGUCGCAUACCACGGGUAACAAUCACUGAAGGUGGAUAAGCGUUGGCUGCUGUGUUUUUUGUUUCUUUUUUUCUUUUUCUUUGCCCGACCCUCAACUCUGCCAGAACAGCCCUACCUUCGCGCUCUAGGUUUUUGCGUACUCCAUUUCUCCUCCUCUAUCAAUGGAGCACUAACGGAAGGAGACUCUGCUCACAGGGUGCCCACUUUUCUAAAUAACAUCUUUCCACAAGGCUGCAAAACUUAAUUGUAGGGCUUAAGUAGUGCUAAUACGGAGUCACAAGUUAAAUGUUCAACACUCGAAUGAAGAUCACUAGUCGCACUUGCAAUUUUUCUGGACCCUUUGUUUCCCCAAGAACUGACGUCUGGGUACGAAAACAGAAAGUCCUUACCUAUGACGUGUCACUACUUAGAAUUGGGUAGUGCGCGCUGCUGACUGGUCUUGCCACGUGGGAAAUUUAGUUCAGCCAAUCGUGGAGAAGCACUACCUAAACCAGGGCAGUGACACGUCACCAGUUUGGAAUUUCUGCGCUCCUUCCUCAGACGUCACUUCUUGGUGAAGCCAGCAGUGGUGUCGCGAAAUUUCGGCUUUUUUCUCAGGCUACAAAUUGUCAAAAUUAUUACAAUUUGGACAAAACGCGCGUGAAUUGGAGAGAUUUAGGGUCACGUUCACGGCAAAAGGCCAGGGGAAAAGGUGAGAUGCAGGUUGCGAAUUUUCCAAAUUAAGGAAAUAAACAAUUAAAAACUGUACAGAAUACAUCUGAUCGAUCAACGUAAUCAGAAACAACUAAUUCCCAUGUAGAAAUAAUAAAUUGCAAACAACAAGUAUAAAUCAAAGGGAAAAGUUGGUCACGUGGUACAAUUUUACGUUUGCCGUAAACGUGAUUUUAAACCUCUCUAUUAUUUCCAAAAUUGCACUCGUCACCAACUGAUUACAUAUGCUAUAUCUGUCUUUGGUGGGUUUUAGGAUCGUCCUGAUCGAGCACUGUACCAGCCGCCGAGAAAAGGUCACUUGGGAGCUGACCCACGAUCAACAGCAAAUUUUGCCGGAAAGGAGAAAGAAAAGAAGGAAAAGGAGAUCACGUCCUCAGUUACUGGUACUGGCGAAAAGAAACCACAAAUAGGAGAAUCUUCUAAGGAAAGUGGAAAGGAUGAAAUGGAAAAUAGUCACUAUCAACGGGUACAACGAGUGCGUAACAAGGUUAGUGAUUUUGUUAGAAAUAGUUAUGGUGAUUCCUGGGAAGCAUGAGUCCCUGUCCAGAACCAAUGAGUCCCAUUUUAAAAAACAACAAGUCCAAAUUUCAAAUUGCUUGGUCCUUUCAUGUAUCCAGACAGUUAAUCUGAAAGCAGAAUCUAAAACUUUUUGUUAUAUAGACACCGAUGAAAUACCAGGAUUUUUUCCAGUCACGAAAAUUUGGUAUCCGGUGAAGACCCAAUUUUUAUCCUUCACAUGUGAAGAUAUUACGGUUGUCAUGGUUACGUCAGUCUCAGCCCAUAGGAAAAGAGCAUCACAGCAUCUCGCCAUCGUUGUCUAUAUAAUAAACAGAAUAUUACAUGCCCGCUUGUGGAUAUGUAUUUUAUCUAGCACUCGUGAGAUAUCAAGUCGAACACGAGAAGAUAAAAUUCGUACCACGUGCGGGCAUGUAAUAUCGGCUAUAUAUAAUUAUUACAAUUUGGCAAAAACGCGCGUGAAUUGUAGAGAUUUAGGGUCACGUUCACGGAAAAAGGCUAGGGGAAAAGGUGAGAUGCUGGUUGAGAACUUUCCAAAUUUAGGAAAUAAACCGCUAAAAACUGUUCAAAAUACAUCUGAUCGAUCAACAUGACCAGAAACAAGUAAUUCCCAUGUAGAAAUAAUAAAUACCAAACACCAAGUAUAAAUCAAGGGAAAAAGUUGGUCACGUGGUACAAUUUUACGUUUGCCGUAAACGUGAUUUUAAACCUCUCUAUUAUUUCCAAAAUUGCACUCGUCACCAAUUGAUUACAUAUACUGUUUCUGUCUUUGGUGGGUUUUAGGAUCGUCCCGAUCGUGCACUGUACCAGCCGCCAAGAAAAGGUCAUUUGGGAACUGACCCACGAUCAAAAAGGGACACUAUUGCAUCGGGUACGUUCUUUAGCCGUUCAGUCUCAGAUUGAGUGAUAAGGUCUGGGAUGGUGUGUUUAACUUUAAUUCUGAGUCUGUGGUUAAACGCCUAUGAUGUUACCAUUCAAGUGAAACUUCUUCAGCAGUAGUUUCGCAUGUUACUAUUUAUUUUGUACGUAGUUCUAACUUUUGUGUUUGUGGAUACACUUCUAUGAUAUUACUAACCAAAUGAAACCUCUUAAGCCGUACUUUCACGUGGGGGAAAAUUAAAGGCCCUGCGACUUUACGUUUGGAAAUCCCCUGGUACGUGAUGCACGGAAAGCGUGUUAAAACGAUAGUUUGGGACUACGAUUACUCUUCGUUUUUAAUUUUGUUUUGCUAUGAAAAUACAUCACCCUUCCUCAUCUGACUGCCACUGAACAAAAGAUAAUUUACUACCCCAAAAACCAAGACCACACAAGACUGUUUUACAACUUUAAUAUGCUGUCGUUUCAAUUUUUGCUUUUUCGUUAAUUAUUAUUCUUAGAAAAAGAUAAAAGCAAAGACGUCAAGAGGAAGGAAAAGAAUCGGGAAUGCAAUCAGACAAGGAAGACUCGCGAUGAUAAACCACGUGAUAAGGAUCGUUACAGAUACCGUGACGACUACAGUGAGCGUGACAGAGAUGAUCGUGGC